UUCAGUCUGUCUCCCUAGGAUUGGAGCAGCUAGAAGAAGAACAGUGUAGCUUGGCUUGAGAUACGACUUUGAUGCAUUUUACCAGCCGCGUCCGUUCUCCAAGCCAUCCUUUAACCUGCAACUACCAGCUGGGACAGAAGACUAAUAACACAAUCAUUAGCAUUUCAUGCCAUUAAUGCAACAGUAAGAGAAAGCCCUGACACCCCAUCACUCGGGAGCUGCUAAGUCAAUUACAAAGAAAAAAAAACUCAGCAAAGAAAUGGAGCAACUCAAGUGCAGAAGCAGAAGCGCGGUCCCAGGAGAGGAGUCCUGCAGGAGGCUACAGCUACCAGGAAUGCCACUCACUAGUCACGUCAUGUUGAUCCUAUAUACUUUUAUAGCAUACACGGCUGAAUCUUCCGGGGCCUUCAUCCUGGCGGAGACACUUUGUGGUGGAGAGCUGGUUGAUACACUUCAGUUCAUUUGCGGAGACAGGGGCUUUUACGUCGGUAAGUCGAACUACAAAAAGAAUACUGGACGCUCCAAUCGCAGGUCUGGCAGGGGGAUUGUGGAGGAAUGCUGCUUCCGCAGUUGUGACUUAGAAUUAUUGGAGAUGUACUGUGCAAAGCCAGUCAAGAACGAGCGGGAUCUUUCCAUCGUACCUUCUACAGCCAUGCCACCUCUGAGUAAGGACAUGUAUCAUAAGCAUUCCCACACAAAGUACUCCAAAUAUGACAUUUGGCAAAGAAAGGCCACACAGCGCCUGCGAAGAGGGGUUCCUGCCAUUGUUCGUGCUCGUCAUUAUCGGUGGCAGGUGCAGCAAGUUGAAGAAUCUCAGCAGGUUCUAUCACAUCGGCCGUUAACUACUUUACCGGUUACGCAACCUCGUCCUGUUCAUCAAGGCUUGGAGUCCACACACAAUUGAUUCAGGAAUCCGUUCUAAGCAGCAUUCCACUGCCUUCAAUUUCUGUUUUAGACUUUGUUUGUUCUGCUCCUGUAUCUCUGAAAGGGAGGAAGAACAGGCCAAGCAACAGGAGUGAAGCCGACAAAGCUUCCUGUAACACCUCAAGGCAGCCUAAAAACUAGCAAAACGAAGAGACGCCAAAGCAGGAACAGCUUUGUUUUUGGUGGGAACUAUUUCUGUGGAUUUUUGGGUCCCUUACUACGUUCCUUUUUACUGCAUUUCAAACGACAGAACCGUAUAUGUGUGUAUGUGAAUGUAUAUGCAAAUACGUAAAUGUAUUUGUGUAUAUACAUACACACACAAAUAUGCAAAAUAGGGCACAAGGCCUAACUCUGCCCCUAAGGGAAAACAAAGUUUUUGCCCAAUGGAAGUUCCAUCCAAAUAAUUAUUCUAAGGAUGGAAAGGGGCAGAAGCAGGGUAGAACAUUUCCCUCCAUUUCUUACAACUGGUUUAACAUUUUACACUUAUUUUAUGUCUUACUUUCUUAUUUUCUUACAGCAUUUUAAUGUCAAUGUCCAAUAAUCUUUGCACCUUUUUUCUGCCUGGAAAGAAUUCUAAAGGCAUGUUUUUUUAUUUUUAUUUCUUGGCUCCUUUGUGUUACUGAGCCCUGCAAUAUUAUUCUUGUCAAUGUAUUGCAGAUAUUGGUAUUAUGGGGGUCAAGUGCAAGAUUCCAAAUGUAUUUGCACCUUUUAAUCAUUGAGAACUAAGAAAGAGAAGAGGGCAGAAUGCUUUUUUAGUUUGAGUGAGCAAUGUGUUUGCUUUGCACAUGCGCCACAGAGUACAAUGAUUUUAUAUAUGUAUAAUAUAUAUAUAUAUUAUAUUACUUUUUUUUUUGCAAAAAGGAAAAAAAAGUCAAGCACUAUUUUUUAUGGGAUAUACUUUUUAUAUAGCAAUGAAAGAAGAAGGAUGUGAUAUUUUAAAUAUGAUGUCCUUUGGUGCUAAAGCAGAGGGGAAGAUCUGGUGCGAGAUUUUGGAUAUAGCCUAGGGUUCAUAGUACACGAAAAUCAUUCAUUGUUGGCUGUCAUAGAAUGAAUGAAUGAAUGAAUGAAUGAAUGAAUGAAUGAAUCCUAUGUGGCUUUUAUAGAAUGAAUGAAUCCUCACCAUAGAAUAAAUAGAUUAAUUUACAUUGAACUUGAAAAAAAUAAUGCUUUUCGUUUUAGGAAAAGUAUAACUUUUUUCCCUCCAUUGAAGUACAUAGAGGGUGUUACUUAUAGCCAUUCACCUAUAUUCAUAUGUCAUGUUUUAGUACAGUCAUUCACAGUCUGUAUGUAGGGGAAAAGGGAAUUACAUUGUAUGUUAUAUCUUCGGUUAGUCACACCCAUAAAUACCUGAUUUUUCUACUACAUACUAGAAUGUCAACUAUAGUUAGCUGAAGUGGUACCACCUCACCCAACUGAAAGAGCCAUAUGGACUUUUAAUUUAAAUGCAGCACUGAAUAUUUUUGAAAGCAUAUUUGUUUUGAUUAAAAUAAAUCUUUCUCUUUCCACAUUUUUAUUCUUAAUCAAAAUAAACCAAAUAUCCAUUUUAGUCUGGAGAGAAUAUGGCACAUAAAUGAUAUGGGCUUGUUAUCAAUUUGCUCCAACUUUAAUCUGUUGACAUUGCCGUAAAUAAAUAAAUGAGCGUUUAUAUGUAGGAAGGCUAGAUCUCACUUACUCGUCAUUAAGAAAGCCACUAAAAGUAGCAGCUCCUAUUGUACAAAUAACUGUUUAUUUCCUAAAGUUUUUACUCUAGCAUUAACGCUGCAGUACCACAUAGAAAAAUGAUUGUCUAAGGUGACACCCUACCCUACCUCGGGUGUCUGUUAUGCGCGGAUGUUUUCACAGGGCUAUGCUGGUUCUAUAGUACAUAACUAGCAAAUCAAUAAAGAUCCUCUUUUUGCACAGGGUUUUGAGAGAUGGAGGAAAGGAGAUAGAGGUAGGGGGCUUCACUGCAGAAGCGGACGGGAUAGGGGAGUGUUGUCUUUUUUCCCCGGUAGUGCUUCCCAAAGUCCCACGGACAUACCGGGAAAACAGGAGUGUAUGGUGGUAGUACAGCUUUAAAGGGUUGAUAUUAUGCUGUAAUGCGGUAGUAUAGACCUAUUUUUGUACUGUGUGGCUGUAGAGAAUACUUUAACUCCUUUUUUUUUUUUUUUAACUACUAAGCACUUAUGUGCAGACUAUGGAUUUAAUGAUAUUGUUUAUCUAUAGCACUGCAUUGAUGGUGGCACUACACAUUGUAAGUUUGUUUUUUCAUUGACCAGUACGAAAACUACAUAGACCUUAUUGAGAAUAUCAUGUUUGAUGUUGUGGAAAUCUGUCUGAGACAUAGUGGCAUGUGAUUGAUAAAUAUAAUACGUUUCACACUGAUUUAUUUGCACCUCAGUCUUGUAGGUCAUUUUGGUAAUAAUAGUUCAACUAGAUACAGUAAUAUCUCUGAUAAUUGCGAGCAACCAAUUAUGCUGUUAUUAAUGUGUACUUAAUACCGAGUACCGAGUACACAUUGCAUUGGGUACAGCAAUCUGAACCAAUUUUCAUGGAUCUGCAGUUUAUAAAUCCAGUAGGAAAUCCCACCGUCACUGAGACACUUUACUAAUAUUUAUGGGCCAUGACUUAUAUUCACAAGCCACUGUUAUUAAAUGCAUUGCUAAACUGCAUACUCAUAGACUGUAUACCAAACCUUUCUCCAAAAUGGCAGCUUUCUGCAGCAUGCAAGGGAUAGGUGCACUAUGAUAGGACAGGUAUGGUCAAGUUUAGCACAAAUAAGAGAUGUGGCAGGCCCCUGUGUUUUGGCUUUGGUUUUAAUCCAUCAGCAUAUUUUGGCUCUGAUUUUAGCAAAACCAUCCUCAAGUGUUUUGGUUUGGAUUUUUGUUUGGUUAAAUAUAGAAAAAAAAAACAUGUAAUUUUUCCAAUCCAAAACACAAAAUUUUGUUUUAAAAUCCAAAUAUCGAAACGCGGGAAGUCCAAAGCGGGACUCGGUUCGAAACUUCUCUGGAGAUUUGAACCGGUUUUUGGUUUGGCUUGGAUUCUCAAAAUUCUGGUGGAUUCGGAUUUCUGGAGAACCAAACCGCAUAUCUCUAGCAUAAACCAGUUGUGCAUCCUGGGAAAUGUAGUUCAGCAACAGGUAAAGUGCCAAAGAUUACCCAUUCCUUUUAUUCAAUGAGGGUACAUUAUCUCAUCUGCAUGUUUCUGUUGUAAAACAGACUAGUUGGGAUACAAAUUGAGAAGGUUGAUCAAUUCCAUUUCUAGCACCAGUCAUACUGUCAUUUACCUUUUCAGAACUUUACUUUCACCUACUCUCAACACAGUAGAAUAAUAUUAAUAUUGAAAGUUAUUCUUCAUGAACACACAGCUAACUCAGCCAUUCUGUAACGCGAAAGCAGUUUUUGAGAAUGCAGAUUAUCAAUUCCCCAGGAGCCAGUACCUCACAAAUAUUAGUCAGGCCUCGUGAAUUGCUCAGAUAGUGCCUCAAUUAUGUCAUCAGUUCUUUGCAAAUUGAUUGGCUGCACUCAGGACUGUUGGUUCAGCCAACAAAUUGGAUCCUUCCACACUUCAAUGCUAAUAUUGCUUAGCUUGCAGUUUCAUGUAGUGCUGUAGCAUCCUGUGACGUUCACCUGUUGUUACCUGAUCUCUGAAAGAGAUGAUUAAUCUGUAUGAAGAUUUUACUUUCUGAACACACUCUUUUCAGAUGUAGAAAGGUCCAUGGAGCGCAGCCUAUGGUAGUUUAGGUCCUUAUUGCAUCUGUAAAUCUGUGUGUGUGUGUGUGUGUGUGUGUGUGUGUACUAAUAAUGCAUUCUCUGUAGCGAUCAGAGCAGGAGAUUCGUCAAGCCUUCUGAAAAGUUAAAAUGGAGGUAUUGUCCAUAACUACCAAUCAGAUUCUAGCUCUUAUUUAUCUUGCCAAUGCUAGAAAAUUGUAGCUUGAAUCUAACUGGUUGUUAGAGGGAACACUUCCAUUGUUUUGCUUUUGAAAGCUCGAUAAAUCUCCUGUGCUAUUUAACAACAAGUAGUGCGCAAAUAAAUUGAACUACAAUCCACCCGUCACAGGGUACAUACGCACAGGCGUAUUUGUUCAUUGUAAACAUAGCAUUUACCUAGCUGAGGACAGGGGGCAAAUAAAAUCAUGUGUCCUUAAACUGAACCAAGCAGCGUCACUGUCACAUUACCUACAUUAUAAACUUAAAAAUAACGACUGUGUCUACCAGCUAUGACGCUGCAGUGGUGCAAUAAGAAGUCCAAUAGCUAGCAUAUCUUAUUUCUAACAGGAAAAAGGAAAUUAUACCCUUUUAGAACAGUUCUCAGUAACCAUAUGUUAGUAUGUCGCCAUGGAGUUGGAUUCAUUCCUAUCAUUGCUCUUUAAGUUUAUUAAGACAAUACUUUUUUUCUUAGGGGCAUCCAUAAUGUCUGCAUGACUGCAAAUACCACCAGUAGAAUCCUUAAUAUGGACAGUUGGCAAUUCUAGGACCACUUUCAAACUCAUAGCUUAUUCACAUUAGUGUCAAUUGUUAUAGUUUGUGAAUUUCCCUCAUUUUGAAUGAUACAGGGAUACUAUGUGCAACUAAAACAUUAACUAUGGGCAAUAAGGAAAAUAAAGAACAGUUUUAGAUAUUUCUUCCAUCAAUAAGGGUAACUGCUCUGGUCAUACUCUUCUUUCCCACAUUGGGAUUGGCUAAAAUAGUUAUAGAGAAUGCCCACCACGAUAUACAGCAGACCAGGUAUGAGCAACAUUUAGCACUCCAGCUGCUGCCGAACUACACAUCCCAGCAGGCUCUAUCGCAAUUUAGCUGUUGGGCAAUGAUAAAACAGCAGCAGGGCAUGCUGGUAUGUGUAGUUCAAUAGCAGCUGGAGUGACACAGGUUGGCUACCCCUGAUAGACCACUUCGCGCUCUAAAAUCUUAUUUUAAGUGACGACACACCUUCAGGCAACUUUAAUUGAUUUGAUCCUAUGGCUAACAACACUGUUUUCUAAAUACAUUGUUUUAUCCUGCUUUUGUGUUUUUCACCGUUUAUUUAUCAGGCCAGAUGCUUAAGUGUUCCUUUCUGAUAUGAAAGGGCUUAUGUCUCUGCAUUGAAUGCAAUUUCAUCCACGGAACAGCCCUGUUCUCAGUAAAGAACAAAAACUCUAAAAAGUUGGUAUAAUAUGGUGAAAAAGACUAAAGGAGUCAAAGCGGUAGGAUUGUGUGCACCUAAAAAUAAAGUUGUCUGGAAUUUAAGCCCCUUAUCCUUAACAUGCUGUGAAUGUACUAGAACUAGUAUGGAAGGAUGAUGGCAACAUUUUAGUAGGGAUAUAUAUGUUUUCCUUCCAUUAUUGUAGGUCUUUGUUUACUUUCACAUGAUGUCUUCUGGUAUGAGCAACAAUCUGUUUCCAUUUUCAAAAAUUUGUAAAUCCAGAAGUUCAUUACUUUAAUGAGAAUGUCUUAGGUUAUUGGCUGAGUCUGCAAUACAUUGAUGUCAGCUGUACAAUUAUCAAAGCAGCUAAAUAGGUGGUACUGCAGCUAUAAUGGUUGGGGUUUUUCUUUUGUUUUGGGUUUUUUUUUUUUUUUGCUUGCUGCCUUAUCUGUACCAUAUAAAGAAAAAAAAAUGGGAAGACUACUUGAAUUGUACAAUAUUUCAUAUCACGGAUGAUGAGCAAUGGGUCUUAAGUUGGGAGGGCUCCAGAACUGGAGAUGGGAGGAUGUAAUUAGAUAUUUUUAUUGUGUAAUCUUUUUUUUUAUAUGAUAUUAAUAUUAUUUCCUUGCAAUGUUGAGCCAUGAUACAUUUUUGUAAAAAAACAACAAACAAACAACAAAAAAACAACAAAAAAAUAAACAUGCAAAAAAGGAAAGAUAAAACUUAAAUUGCAAUAUGAUGGAGGUGAUGAAGAAAAAACAGCAUUAUUUAUUGAUGUUACAAAACAUGGAGGGUUUUUAAGAAAGGAAAACAGAGUUUAACUAAUGUGCAUGAAAUCAAACAAGAAAGAGAAAGCAGCAUUUUAAUGAAUUAUUUUGUACUUUUAGUUGCUAGAACUUUGUAAAUGCUUUUUACCAAAAAAUGGGGAAAAAAACAUCUAGAAAAAAAACUACAAAAACAGCAAAAGUCACACUGAAAAUAAUUUUGCUGGCUGCCUUUCACAAAAAAAUAAAAUAAAAUAUUUUUUACAUAACAACAGGUAUAUAAACACAAAUGGGUAGCAGGUCUGAGCCAUUUCAAAUUAAGAACUCUGCUAUUUCUUUGACUUGUGUUGACUUGUGUUUGAAUUUUUAAUCAGCAAUGCAAAUUUUGUCUCUUCUUCAGGUUUGGCAUUAAGUACAUAUGCAUUCACAGUUAGAGACACUGCUGCGGACAUGACGUGGCAGUGCCUUAUUGCAGGGACUGUCGCAAAUACGUGUUCUUGGUUUUAUAAACACGCUAUCUCAGAUUUUGUUUGAUGCACUAGCAGAUUUUAUUUUUGGAGCAGAUUUAGAAAGUUGAGUGGAAACCGCCGACUUCCUAAUUCUGCAGUCACAUCAUUAUAAAGCAUCUAUCUUCACUUUGUACCAUAUUCUAUAAAUUGUUACAAAACAGUUAAAGGACUUUCAUAUAAUUCAUGCGCAAAAAUAUCCAGCAUCUCUGUAAGGUUAUUUUUUACUUAAACGUUCAUGUUUUCAUUUUCCUAGAUUCUGCUAAAUAUUACUGAACAUUGUUAUGUCACAAUAUUGUAUCAUACACCUUCUGCCUUAUUGGAAGAAUUAAAGUAAAGCAAUUAUUAAUGCAAGCAAUUGUAAAGGGUUUAUGUGUUACAGAGCCAAAGUGCAGCAAUGUUAUCACCAUUUAAAGAGGCUUUUAUAGAACUGGAACUGCCACUGUCAUGUGGAUGGAUUUAGUGGCCUCUGCACUAUAUGAAGGAAAUGUUCUCUUGCUGUCACUGGACUGUUGGCUUUUCAUGUCCCUAAAGGAUUGUUUAAUGACAAUGCUAUGGUUUUUUUGUUGCCAUAGCUUGUCCAAACUCUGUGCACUCAGCAUAGUAUGCAACUUCACAACCGCCCAGAUUCUGCACCUAUUUUACCUAUUUUGUAAUAUCAUAUCAAUAAAGCAAAUCUACCAUAUCAUGAUGAAA